CAAUCAGUGAUCUGCUUUAUUAAUAUAUCUACUGCUAUUUAUUAAUAUAUUAUUAAUAUUAGAAAAGAAUGCAUUCUAUUAAUUAUUCUAUUCUAUUCGUUCCAGAAAUUGCAUGUCAAAUAUUGAGUUUCAUUCCAAAUGAUGCAAUUUUGAUCAUGUUGAGAAGAAUGGUUGGUUUGUGUCAUCGAGCAUGUGAUGGAAUUACUUCUCAACAAUCCUAUAUUAGGAAAAUGUUGAGAGAAAGGGAAGAAUUGACUUGUUGUACAGUUAAAGAUAUUGAAUGUGUUGGAAAUUAUUUGGGAUUGAAGAAAUUUGCAAUGGAUGCCAAGCUGAUACUGUCAGGUGUUGAUCAGCUGAAGGAAAAGCAUGUGUCACUUAUCAAUCGUUUUACAGAACUCGAAUUUGAAGGAUGUGAAAUUAAUCCAAGAAUUUUACUCUCCAUUCUCAAUCCACAUGAUUGCAAUUUAAGAAAAUUGCAUUUCAGCAAUAGCCAAUGUGACACAAGUCAACUGCCAAAGAGACAACCUGUCAGAAUUACCCCAACCUUAUCAUCCAUCUCAUUUAAGAAUGUUUACCAAAGAGAACACAAUCCAUUCAAUUCGAUCGUUCAAUUCUUGGAUAUGAAAUCAUCCCAAUAUAGAAAACUCGUCUUUAACUCUCCAAUUUCUGAAGAAGAUUGUAAAUUAGUUCAAGCAAGUAUUGGAAAUCUCAGAAAUGUCAAAUUCCUCAACCAAAAACAAAAUUUCAAAGUACCACCUUGUGCCAAAAAUAUGGAAAGUAUCAGUGUACCAUCUAUUGAACAUGAGAUUCCAUCCAAGAUUAAUCAGAUUAAUUUGAUUCACUCUCCUGAAUCUCAUCCUUUCGUGUGUGGAAGCAUUUCUUUUGCAUUUAGAUUACUCUUUCCAAAUGCAAAGGUUUCUUUUAAACCAUUCGAAAGUAGUAGAAAGAAGAGAAAGAAUUUCAUCAUGUUAAAUGACUUGAGUGAAGAGCUAUUUCCAAAAGAUUAUUCCCUCAUCACUUUACAAAAUCAAGUUUACAAACAAAUCAACAAUUUUGUAGAGCAUCCACUUCCAGAAUUUCCAGUUGACCAACUUAUGAUUGAUUAUUGUGAAUGUGUUUUGAACUCUCCAGCAGAACAUUCUCAACAAAACAGAACUAAACUGGUCCAAUUAAUUGAUUCCAUCAACAGAAAAGGAAGUUUCAAGUUGGCCAAAAGAUCAGUUCUUGACAAAUAUAGUGAAGUUAUUCAGACCUAUUCCAGUUUAGUAGGAGAAGAAGAUGAAUUAUUCAACAAGGCUGUAGUUGCUUGGAACAGAGCAUCCAAUCAUCUUGAGGAGUUAUCAGUCAAUUCUUCACUCUAUGACAGAAUGGGAGAAUUUCUAUUGGAAUUGAAUCAAAUUGUUGAGGAAAUGUUGAAAGAAGCUGAAAUGAUGAAUCUUCCAAGAAAGAUUCUUCUCAGAGCACUUUGGUAUUCUGAUGAAUUUGUGGAAUGUUAUGAUGAUCUAAAUUUCGAAUAA